GGGCGGGCCCGGGGCGCGCGCGCGCGCGAAGAUGGCGGCUGCCGCCUGCGGGCCGUAUGUGAGGAGCAGUAGGGAACUGUGGACAAUUCUACUUGGAAGAUCAGCUCUGAGAGAACUGAAUCAGAUUGAAGCGGAACUGAAUAAACAUUGGCAUCGGUUGUUGGAGGGACUUUCAUACUAUAAACCUCCCAGUCCAAGUUCAGCAGAGAAAGUGAAAGCUAAUAAAGAUGUGGCUUCACCAUUGAAGGAACUGGGCUUAAGAAUCAGCAAGUUUUUGGGUCUUGAUGAAGAACAGAGUGUUCAGUUAUUGCAGUGCUACCUUCAGGAGGAUUACAGGGGUACUCGGGACUCACUGAAGACGGUUCUGCAAGAUGAGAGACAGAGCCAGGCCUUAAUCUUGAAGAUUGCAGAUUAUUACUACGAAGAAAGAACUUGUAUUCUUCGUUGUGUCUUACACCUUCUGACUUAUUUCCAAGAUGAAAGACACCCUUAUAGGGUUGAAUAUGCAGACUGUGUGGAUAAACUAGAGAAAGAACUCGUUUCAAAAUAUAGACAACAGUUUGAGGAGCUGUAUAAAACUGAAGCACCAACCUGGGAGACACAUGGCAACCUCAUGACUGAGCGCCAGGUGUCUCGAUGGUUUGCUCAGUGCCUUCGGGAGCAGUCCAUGCUGCUAGAAAUUAUCUUCCUUUACUAUGCAUACUUUGAGAUGACACCUAGUGAUCUGCUGGUAUUAACCAAGAUGUUUAAAGAGCAAGGAUUUGGUAGUAGACAGACCAAUAGGCACCUGGUGGAUGAGACCAUGGAUCCUUUUGUCGACCGGAUUGGUUACUUCAGUGCCCUUAUCCUGGUGGAAGGCAUGGAUAUUGAGUCCCUGCAUAAGUUUGCUUUGGAUGACAGGAGAGAACUGCACCAGUUUGCUCAGGAUGGCCUCAUUUGUCAGGACAUGGACCGUUUGAUGUUGACCUUCGGGGACAUUCCACAUCAUGCUCCAGUACUUUUGGCAUGGGCUCUUCUCCGCCACACCCUGAACCCUGAAGAGACCAGCAGUGUGGUCCGGAAGAUAGGGGGCACAGCUAUCCAGCUAAAUGUAUUUCAGUACCUGACCCGACUACUGCGGUCACUUGCCAGCGGGGGGAAUAACUGUACCACGAGCACCGCGUGCAUGUGUGUCUAUGGACUCCUCUCUUUCGUUCUGACCUCACUGGAGCUGUACACACUGGGCAAUCAGCAGGAUGUCAUUGAUACAGCUUGUGAAGUCCUGGCAGACCCUUCUCUUCCAGAACUGUUUUGGGGCACAGAACCAACCUCUGGUCUUGGCAUCAUUCUGGACAGUGUAUGUGGCAUGUUUCCCCAUCUACUUUCCCCACUCCUGCAGUUGCUCCGAGCCCUCGUGUCAGGGAAGUCCACUGCCAAAAAGGUGUAUAGCUUCCUGGAUAAGAUGUCUUUCUACAAUGAACUUUAUAAGCACAAGCCCCAUGAUGUCAUCUCCCACGAAGAUGGAACUCUUUGGCGGAGACAAACACCCAAACUCGUCUACCCUUUGGGGGGCCAGACGAACCUUCGCAUACCUCAAGGUACCGUGGGUCAAGUGAUGCUGGAUGACCGGGCUUACCUGGUGCGCUGGGAGUACUCCUACAGUAGCUGGACCCUCUUCACUUGUGAGAUUGAAAUGCUGCUUCAUGUUGUUUCCACUGCAGAUGUGAUUCAGCAUUGCCAGCGAGUCAAACCCAUCAUUGAUCUGGUCCACAAGGUCAUCAGCACUGACCUCUCCAUUGCGGACUGUCUCCUGCCCAUCACAUCCCGCAUCUACAUGCUGCUGCAGCGGUUGACGACAGUAAUUUCUCCCCCUGUGGAUGUCAUUGCUUCUUGUGUUAACUGUUUGACUGUUUUAGCUGCCCGGAAUCCAGCAAAGGUCUGGACUGAUCUUCGUCACACAGGUUUUUUACCAUUUGUGGCCCAUCCUGUCUCUAACAUGACACAGAUGAUUAGUGCUGAGGGGAUGAAUGCUGGAGGGUAUGGGAACCUUCUGAUGAAUAGCGAGCAGCCCCAGGGCGAGUACAAAGUCACCGUUGCCUUUCUGCGCUUGAUCACCACCCUUGUCAAGGGGCAGCUUGGAAGUACCCAGAACCAAGGCCUAGUGCCCUGUGUCAUGUUCGUGCUGAAGGAAAUGCUUCCCAGCUACCACAAGUGGCGCUACAACUCUCAUGGUGCGAGGGAGCACAUCGGUUGCCUGAUCUUGGAGCUGAUUCAUGCUAUACUGAACCUGUGCCAUGAGACAGACCUGCACAACAGUCAAACCCCCAGCCUGCAGUCUCUCUGCAUCUGCAGUCUGGCUUACACAGAAGCUGGACAGACAGUCAUCAAUAUCAUGGGCAUUGGUGUGGAUACCAUCGACAUGGUGAUGGCUGCUCAGCCUCACAGGCCCCGCGUUUUUUUCUGGCAGCAGAGCUCUGAACCUGUGUGUCCUGGCCUCUGUCAGGUGGCCCCGAUGUCAGUGUAUGCCUGUCUGGGCAAUGAUGCGGCUGCUAUCCGAGAUGCCUUCCUGACCCGCCUUCAGAGCAAGAUUGAGGACAUGCGCAUCAAGGUGAUGAUUCUGGAGUUCCUCACAGUUGCCGUGGAGACGCAGCCAGGGCUCAUCGAGCUCUUUCUGAAUCUGGAGGUGAAGGAUGGCAGUGAUGGCUCCAAGGAGUUCAGCCUCGGAGUAUGGAGCUGUCUCCACGCAGUCCUGGAGCUGAUUGAUUCCCAUCAGCAAGAUCGCUAUUGGUGCCCACCUCUGCUGCAUCGUGCAGCCAUUGCCUUCCUGCAUGCCCUGUGGCAGGACCGACGGGACAGUGCCAUGCUGGUCCUCAGAACCAAACCCAAGUUCUGGGAGAAUCUAACCAGUCCGCUGUUUGGAACCCUUUCUCCUCCCUCAGAGACAUGUGAGCCCAGCAUCCUGGAAACCUGUGCACUAAUCAUGAAGAUAAUCUGCCUGGAGAUAUACUAUGUAGUUAAGGGCUCAUUAGACCAAUCAUUGAAAGAUACACUCAAGAAAUUUUCCAGCGAGAAACGCUUCGCCUACUGGUCAGGGUAUGUCAAGUCCUUGGCAGUUCACAUGGCUGAAACUGAAGGCAGUAGCUGCACAACCUUGCUAGAGUAUCAGCUGCUGGUCUCUGCCUGGAGGAUGCUGCUCAUCAUUGCCACCAGUCAUGCUGAUAUCAUGCACUUGACUGACCCCACGGUGCGGCGCCAGCUCUUUCUUGACGUGCUUGAUGGGACCAAAGCUUUACUCCUCGUUCCCUCCUCUGUGAACUGCCUUCGCCUGGGCUCCAUGAUGUGCACGCUGCUGCUGAUCCUGCUGCGCCAGUGGAAGAGAGAGCUGGGUGCUGUGGAUGAGAUCCUAAGGCCGCUCACGGAGGUUCUGGAGGGCGUCCUGCAGGCAGACCCACAGCUCGUGGAGAAGACCAAGGCCAAGGUGUUCUCGGUGUUCAUCACAGCGUUGCAGAUGAAGGAGCUGCGAGUGAGCGACAUUCCCCAGUACUCCCAGCUGGUGCUGAGUGUGUGCGAGACGCUCCAGCAAGAGGUGAUCACCCUCCUCGACCACACCCGCCACAGCCUGGCCUCGGGCAGCGCCACCGAGGACAAGGACAGCAUGGAGACGGACUGCCCGCGGCUCAGGCACAAGGACCAGCGUGAUGGGGUGUGUGUCCUGGGCUUGCACCUGGCCAAGGAGCUGUGCGAGGUGGAUGAGGAUGGGGACUCGUGGCUGCAGGUGACGCGCCGGCUCCCCAUCCUGCCCACACUGCUCACCACCCUGGAGGUGAGCCUCCGCCUGAAGCACAACCUGCAUUUCACCGAGGCCGCGCUGCACCUGCUCCUCACCCUGGCUCGCACCCAGCAGGGAGCCACGGCAGUGGCUGGAGCUGGCAUCACCCAGAGCAUUUGUCUGCCUCUCUUGAGCGUGUACCAGCUGAGCAGUAAUGGCACAGGACAGACACCCAGCACCUCUCGGAAGGCCCUGGAUGCCCCCUCCUGGCCGGGGGUCUACCGCCUGUCCAUGUCCCUGAUGGAGCGGCUGCUCAAGACUCUGCGCUACAACUUCCUGACAGAGGCCCUGGACUUCAUGGGCGUCCACCAGGAGCGGACCUUGCAGUGCCUCAAUGCGGUGAGGACCGUGCAGAGCCUGGCCUGCCUGGAGGAGGCAGACCACACCGUGGGCUUCAUUCUGCAGCUGUCACACUUCCGGAAGGAGUGGCACUUCCACCUGCCUCAGCUCAUGUGCGAUGUCCAGGUAAACCUGGGCUACCUGUGCCAGGCCUGCACCUCCCUCCUGCACAGCCGCAAGAUGCUCCAGCACUACCUGCAGAACAAGAAUGGGGAUGGCUUCCCCUCAGCUGUCACCCCCCGGGCUCAGAGGCCACCUGCCACUGCCACUGCUGCUCCUGCUGUUCCCUCGAGCUCCACCAAGCAGCCCGCCGCUGACACGGAGGCCGCCGAGCAGCGAGCCGUGUAUGCAGUCCAGUGCGGCCUUCUCAAGAUCCUCAGCAGGACCCUCGCAGCUCUGCGCCACUUCACCCCGGACGUCUGCCAGAUCCUGCUGGAUCAGUCCCUGGAUCUUGCGGAGUACAACUUUCUGUUUGCCCUGAAUUUUACCACGCCCACUUUCGACUCGGAGGUAGCGCCCUCUUUUGGGACCCUGCUGGCAACUGUGAACGUGGCCCUCAACAUGCUUGGUGAGCUGGACAAGAAAAAGGAGCCCUUCACUCAGGUCGUGGGGCUCAGCACACAGACAGAAGGGACCAGAACAUUCAAGUCCCUGCUGCUGUUCACCAUGGAGAACUGCUUCUACCUGCUCAUCUCCCAGGCCAUGCGGUACCUUAGGGACCCCGCGGUGCCCCCUCGGGACAAGCAGCGCAUGAAGCAGGAGCUCAGCUCAGAGCUGAGCACACUGCUUUCCAGCCUCUCACGCUACUUCCGCAGGGGAGCCCCCAGCUCUCCUGCUGCCGGUGUCCUGCCCUCCCCCCAGGGCAAGUCCAGAGCCAGCCCCGAGAGUCAGGAGCCUCUGAUCCAGCUGGUGCAGGCCUUCGUCCGACACGUGCAGAGAUAGGGUGCCCGUGUGCCGUGCCUGCUGUCCCACCAGCCGCCUGCAGCCGCGGCAGAGGACACUCUGCGCAGCUCCCCGCGCCCUCUCCCAAGCGCCGCACUCCCACCGCCUGCCCCGAGGUUAUUUUUGUAAUGGAUCAAGAGGGGAACAGCAGGGGCAGGGGCGGGGGUCUGCCUGGUGGGGGCUCAAGGUCAAGCAUUCCUACAGCCUGUGGGCAGCCAGGGGCUCACCGGGGUGCCUGCCCUCCAGGAUUGGCUGUGUGUGAGUGUGAGGGUUUUCCAUGGUCUGUUCUUGCAGUUUUUGGUAAUACUGUGGUCUAUUUAUACAAAUA